AUGGAAGGAGGCAUGCCGUUAAAUGAUCGUAAUGAUGCUGAAAUCGACAAUGGAAAUCGCCAGAAUGACACAAAACGAGGGAGUGAUUCUGAGAUACCGGAUGAUCCAUUAGUUACAUUAAGUGAAGUUAUUGAAGCACACGAAGAACUCGAAGCAGAAGCUGAGGCUCUUCUAGGAGGAGCUAACGCUAAUGUUUGCACAUAUCCGGAGGGUUAUAAGCCACGACAACCACUGUAUUCUUGUCGUGACUGUACAAGUACAACAGGACCUGCUGCACUUUGCUAUGCUUGUAGCGUCAAUUGUCAUGAUGGUCAUGAACUCGUUGAAUUGUAUACAAAACGAAAUUUCUGCUGCGAUUGUGGAAACUCUAAAUUCAAAAAUGCUUGCACACUCUAUAAAGAGAAAAAACCACUAAAUGAGCGAAAUCAGUAUAAUCAAAAUUUUGAUGGUCUCUACUGUACUUGCAAUAAACCAUAUCCAUGCGAAGAAUACGACGAUUGCGAAAUGCUACAGUGCAUCAUAUGCGAGGAUUGGUUUCACCUGCAGCAUCUGGAGGAAGCAGCCGACAGUGUUGAUACAAGUGAAGUAGAGGAGGUCAUUUGUCGAAAUUGUGUCACGCGUUACACGUUCCUUUUAUCCUACGCUGAUGGCACAUACAAAGAAAUAUGUACCGACGAUAAAUUAUGUAAAUUGAAAUGGCUUGAAGCGAAUGCUAAAACAGACGAAAAUAGCCAGCCGUGUUCUCUGUUUUUCAACUCUUAUAAAUGGCGAAAUCGUUUAUGUCGAUGUAGAAUUUGUUCGAAUUUUUACGAGGACAAUAAUCUUCAAUUCUUAACUGAUCUGACAGACUGUUUACAAACAUUUGUUGAAUCGCACAGUAAUAGAAAUAAUGAUAAACCGAAGGAUGAUGAUCGAGUUAUGACAAAUGCAUUGAUUGAUGUAGCUGGUCGUGAAGGGGCAAUAACACUUUUUCAAGGGUAUGAAGAAAUGAAGCGGAAGCUGGGAAAUCACCUGAAACGAUUGGCCGAUGAAGGAAGAGAAGUGAAAAAGGAAGAUAUAGAUCAAUUUUUUGAAGAACUUGAAAUGGAACGCAAACGACGUCGCGAAGAUAUUCUGUCUCAGUUGUGA